AAGUAUAAAACAUGUGGAGGUUUCUCGCGGUUCUUUUGAUGUCAUUUGUAUUAGCAAUCAAAGGAUUUUAUUUUCACACUGAACUCAAUCCAGACCGUGUUAUUAAAGCCAAAGCAGAAGUUACUCCCGAAUGUCUCAAAUAUAGUGAAAACAUCGACUGCAGAUUUUACGAGUGUUUGGAUAAGAGGUACCCUUGUCAUAAAGAACACAUGGGAAUGGAAAACCCGUAUAAACAUUGUAAAGAAGAUGUGGCAGUGGCAAAAACUUUGAAUGAUGUAGGGAAAAUCUGGAUGGAUUCAAUAAUUAAAUGUUUCAUGACGAAAAUGGCUGAAAUUUACAAGGCUGAAACAAUCGAUUGUACUACUGUCGUCGAUAAAGUCAAAGAUAUACAACGCCAUUGUUACAUUUCUAAUGAUUUUUGCGGAGUCGGCUGGGAUAAUCGUCAUGUGUUGUGGAAAAUGUUCGAGCGGAAAGUUACUGAAACAAAACAAGAAUAUUAUAUACAGUUAUGGAAAAAUCUUGGUAUGAUGUCUUCAAAAUGCACUUCGGAAAACGCGCCUAAGUUGACAGCAUGGAUCAACGCCAAAACUGGACAAUAA